AUGUCCUGCCGCCAUCGACUUGUCGCCAUCUGCCUCUUUCUUCUAUACAUCAUUACAUGGGCGUUCUCCAUGUCGGGUGUAUUGAAUAAUCGAUUCUGGGACAAGCGAUACAAUCUCAAGCGCAUUCAAGAAAACGACGGGGCAGUAGAAGAGCUCGAACUCGGAUUUCAGGAAACCACCAAAUCCUACUUUUCGGAUGUGCGAUACGUUUAUUUUUUACCCCAUGUGAUUGGGGCCAUUUUGUGGUGGAAUCUGUACUUUUUGCAGCUGAUUCCAAAGAUCCGACGCAACUACAAGAAAUUCCAUCGCAUGCUGGGCCGCUUUUUGAUGGUUGUGCUGUUGGUCCAAACCAUUACUGGAUUUGGUUUGGCGGCAACGACCAAGAGUCACAUUGUCAAACUUGUUUCAUACAUUCUGUGCUGCGCCAGCAUCUUUUGUGUCGCCCAAGCAUGGAGGUACGCUUUUUGGAGAGACAUUCCCAAGCACAAGCAUUGGGCCAUUCGUUUGGUGGGGUACAUGCAAACCAUUGCCCUCCAACGAUUUUGGAUUGGAAUGCUCAUUAUGUCACAUUCCAUGGGAUGGGAUGGACUGUAUCCAUUGCUGGACGACGACUCGACGAAUGAGGAAUGGAUCCAAAUGACCGAGCAAAUGUUUGACGAUUCCUUUGUCCUUUCGAUUACCACUGCCUUUUUGUUCACCGAAUGGUAUCUUGCCGCCGAACAAGGCAUGACGGAACCACCUGCUGAUAAUCGAAACAAUAAAGGAGGAGGAGAAGAAGAAAAAGAUCAGAAUGAUACAAGUAUGCGUGCCGAAAAGGAGGACGAGGACGAGGUCGUCAUCGAUCAAGUGGUGGAUCGUGCCUUUAAUGGCGGCAAAGGAGAGGCAGAGAAAGAAGGUGAAAUGACAACUGCGCAGUCGGAUUCCGGCUCCAGAGAAAUGCACUGA